AUGAUCUCAUUUGAAGAUCCAACUGUGCUUGCUGAUUUCUUGGAUUCUCAGCUUGAAAACCCGAUGGCUUUCAAAAUUGAUACCGCGGGACGACCAGUGUAUCAGUCCCGUAAUGACUUCGGGCCACUCAAAAGCCUACGAAGUAUACCACAGCUUGUCGACUUUGGCUUGGCAACCACACUCGAGGAAGACGACGACUGGGGCGUUUGGCCCAUCAGCCAGACCACUACCGGGCGCCAGAGGUAA